AUGGAUAAAUCGUUGAUCAAAGGGUUGAGUGAUAAGCUAUAUGAGAAGCGAAAAGCAACGGCUCUAGAGCUGGAAAAGCUGGUAAAGCAAUGCCUUGCAGAAGGAGAUUUUGCGCGAAUAGACAAUAUUAUUGAUGAAUUGUGUCGGGAUUACGCUUACGCUUUACAUCAGCCCAUGGCUAGAAUUGCAGGGCUGAUGGGGCUUGCAGCGGCCGCGAUCGCACUUGGAUCGACUGAGGUCGCCAAAUACUUAAAUCUCAUAUUACCACCGGUUUUGGCGUGUUUUGGCGAUCAGAAUGACCAAGUGCGAUUCUACGCAUGUGAGAGUCUGUACAAUAUUGCCAAAAUCGCCAAGGGAGAAGUACUGAUUUAUUUCAACGAGAUCUUCGACGUGCUGUGCAAAAUUAGUGCCGAUACAGAGACGUCGGUUCGCGGGGCAGCUGAGUUGCUCGACCGCCUUAUCAAAGAUAUAGUCGCAGAAAGGGCAUCAACGUAUGUUAGUGUGGUCAAUAAUGACCCAGAUGAACUCUUGCCGGCUACGAAAGUUGACCCAAUUUCUGGUGAUGUUCACCAGGAAUUGGAGCCCCAGGACCCCAAAUUAGCGUUUUCGUUACCUAAAUUUAUUCCGCUUUUGACCGAGCGAGUUUACGCUAUCAACCCAGAUACCAGAAUGUUUCUCGUAUCAUGGCUCCAAGUCUUGGAGAAUAUCCCAGAUCUGGAACUCAUCUCUUACUUGCCUUUUUUCCUUGGAGGCCUCUUCACAUUUUUGGGAGACUCCCAUAAGGAUGUCAGAGUCGUAACUCACUCGCUGCUUGACUUUCUACUUCACGAGGUGCAGCGUAUAUCCGAGGUUAAAGCUAUAGCGCAGAAGAGAGAGGAAGAAAAGUGCAAGAAAUCACAGACUUCAGAGGAUAUCCCAGUGAAAAAGAUCGAUGGCACGCUAAUUAGUGAGCGGAAAAAGACGCUAUUGAAUGCCUUUGAGCAACUUUCAACGGCCGAUCAGGCUGCUGUUGCGAAGUCGCAAGACUUGUCAAAGGACUCAAAAGAUAUUGAUGUCUUGCCCACUGAUGCAUCGCUCCAAAUGCAAGCGAGUGUCUCGAACGAUAAGAAAGAUGUCGGUUCCAGAAACGGUGAGCUAUACUUUGUGGGACAAGAUGUGCACUUGAAUUUCCCCAAAAUUAUUGACAUUUUGUUGAAUACUUUGAGUUCGUCGGACAGUGAGAUACAAUUGGUUGUCUUAACGUGGGUUGAUACCAUUUUAGUCAUUGCCCCUGAUGCAUUUCUAAGUCCUCUGUCGAGAUUGUUGGCGCUUUUGCUGAAAAUUCUCAACGAUACGGACCCACGCGUCAAAAAACAGGCCCAGGCUGUCAAUCAGAAACUUAUCCAACUCACAGAGAGCUAUGAAUUUGAUGCAACCACGGAGGACAUCAACUACGGUCCGAUUGUCAACACAUUGACUUUACAUUUCUUAGACAGUGAUGUUGUUGCAAAGCUCGCAUGCUUGGAAUGGUUAAUUUUGAUAUAUCACAAGGCCCCUAAAGAACUGUUGGAGCAUACUGACACCACAUUUUUGACGCUUCUCAAGUCACUUUCGGACAAAGACGGUCAACUGAUAUCAAAAGCUCUAGAUCUUCUCAGCGAUCUCUGCAGCAAUUCAAACGAGCUUUAUUUUAAGAAGUUUAUGGAAGAGCUUCUGAUGCUUUUCAAAACGAAUAGCGAAUUGCUUAAAAAUAGAUCCAAUAAUAUACUGAGACAACUCUGUCUCAAGCUCUCUCCUGAAAGAGUAUACCGCGACUUGUCACUCAUACUCGAGGAGGAAGAAAACGCAACUUUUGUUCGCAUGAUUAUUCAAAUCUUGAGUACAACUUUGAUAACUUCACCGGAAUUGAUUCAACUUCGCAAAAAGCUGUGUUUGAGAAGUGACUGGUCUCUUUUUGCCGUUCUUUUUCGCACAUGGUGCCCCAAUCCUGUCUCUGUGAUGGCGCUUUGCUUGCUUUCGGAAAAAUACGAACUUGCGUACUCAGUCCUACAAACUUUUGUGGAUUUUGGACUUUCAAUCAAUGAUCUCCUACAAAUUGAUAUUCUUGUGCAAUUUCUUGAGUCGCCGGUUUUCACGCGUUUGAGACUCCAACUAUUGGAGCAAGAGCGAUUUCCAUACUUAUACAAGUGUCUCUAUGGGAUAUUGAUGGUACUGCCCCAAUCAAAGGCAUUCAAAAUUCUGAACACCAGAUUGAACAGCGUGAGUGCCCUUGCAUCUCAAAAGGUAAAAGGCGGGGCCUUCUACAAAUUGGGGAGUCAAUCAAGUUCAAGCACAGAAUCCUCAGAGUCGAUAUCUUCGAAUGCCAAACAGAAAAGUGAAAAUCAAAGUUUAUUGGAGCACUUCAAGAAUGUUUGCAAUGCAGAGCUUAACAACGUGAAGCCGUUCGACUCAUAUGACGCCCAACUUCCUUUACUGAAUGGCGUCGUAGCCCCUGACAGCGCUCGUAGUGACCAAUCAACUCCUGUGCAGGAUAACGAUGAUGAAACACCUGAUGUCAAUGAAGAUUCGGCUGAUAUGUCCUCCGUUAUCUAUCAUGGCGAUUCAAAUACCAACUCCAAAAGACAAGUAUCAAAUAAACUAGGCCUUAGCGGGAUUUAA